GUUCCUCGCCGCUCUUUUCUGGUGUCCAGGAACUGAAUAUCAAACCGGUGAUCGUGAAGUUAUUGGCUUGCUGUACUUGCCUUUUCUUUUCUCUGAUAUUAGUCUUUAUUUUUAAAAGAUAUAGGAGAAGCAGAAGCGAGCCCGGAGUUUGAGGUGCUCGGCAGUGGUGGGUGAGUCAGCGGGUGCUAAGGACUGGGACUCGGUCUUUGGAGACCGCCCCUCUCCUCCCUGCAGAGAGGCAGCGGGGCUGCGAGGACAGAAGGUCCGCUCUUCCCCAGGUCAGGACCUCCGCAGCCGCGCAGCAGUUGGAUUCAGAUAAACAAAGUUCCAGGGCCACUUCGGUCUCAGCAAAUGUUUCAGCCCCAGAAGAGAGAGCAGUCAAGCUAAGAGUAUCUACUGGCCAGUGGGCAGUGCCCAGAUGCCCAGGGUCCCUGCCUUUGAGCUUCGACGGCUGAGCCACACUUAACUACCCUUUCGGCAAAGACUGGUAAUAGACUUGUGAAUUUCUAAUUUACCUGCGAAUGCACAGGAUGGAUCAGACCACGCAGAAAAGCGAACUCCUGUAAUCUCUGAGACUGCAUUCGCAGCUUGUCCGCUUGAAGCUGGCUGCAAGCCUCGGGAAGAGAAAGUGUCCCCCAGCAGCCCAGAGCGCCCCUGGCCAUGUCACCGUUAAUGCUCUGUGACUCAGUGUGGCCCUCUGAGGGUUCCCAGGGCUGCCCAGGGUGGUUUCCAACAGGUGUGUUCUCUCGCUCCCCCAGCCCAACCCAGCUGGCAGGAUUACCCCAAGCAGAGAUUGUUUGACUUGGCUUCCUCACUCCCACCUCCACCCCUCCCCCCACCAGAGGGUGGCCGUCCAGAGCCGGACCUUGCCCCCCUCCCUGGGACCAUGGUGCUUCUCGCUGAAAAUGUUUCCGAAGGCUCCAACUGCACCCACCCACCAGCACCAGUGAACAUUUCUAAGGCCAUUCUGCUCGGAGUGAUCUUAGGGGGACUGAUCAUAUUCGGGGUGUUGGGGAACAUCUUAGUGAUCCUCUCGGUGGCCUGUCACCGGCAUCUUCACUCGGUGACUCACUACUACAUCGUCAACCUGGCGGUGGCAGACCUUCUCCUCACCUCCACAGUGCUGCCCUUCUCAGCCAUCUUUGAGAUCCUGGGCUACUGGGCCUUUGGCAGGGUCUUCUGCAACAUCUGGGCGGCGGUGGACGUCUUGUGUUGCACAGCGUCCAUCAUGGGCCUCUGCAUCAUCUCCAUCGACCGAUACAUUGGUGUGAGCUACCCGCUGCGCUAUCCCACCAUUGUCACCCAGAGGAGGGGCGUCAGGGCUCUGCUCUGUGUCUGGGCUCUUUCCCUGGUCAUCUCCAUCGGACCCUUGUUCGGCUGGAGGCAGCCUGCGCCUGAGGAUGAGACCAUCUGCCAGAUCAACGAGGAGCCCGGCUAUGUGCUGUUCUCCGCGCUGGGCUCUUUCUACGUGCCGCUGGCCAUCAUCCUGGUUAUGUACUGUCGAGUCUACGUGGUGGCUAAGAGGGAAAGCCGGGGCCUCAAGUCCGGCCUCAAGACCGACAAGUCGGACUCGGAGCAAGUGACGCUCCGCAUCCACCGGAAAAAUGUCCCAGCAGGAGGCGGCGGAGUGAACAGUGCCAAGAAUAAGACUCACUUCUCCGUGAGGCUGCUCAAGUUUUCCCGAGAAAAGAAAGCGGCCAAGACUCUGGGCAUCGUGGUGGGCUGCUUCGUCCUCUGCUGGCUGCCUUUCUUCCUAGUGAUGCCCAUCGGGUCCUUCUUCCCAGAUUUCAAGCCCUCAGAAACCGUUUUCAAAAUAGUAUUUUGGCUUGGCUACCUAAACAGCUGCAUCAACCCCAUCAUAUACCCAUGCUCCAGCCAGGAGUUCAAGAAGGCCUUUCAGAAUGUGCUGAGAAUCCAGUGCCUCCGCAGACGGCAGUCUUCGAAGCAUGCCCUGGGCUACACCCUGCACCCGCCCAGCCAGGCCGUGGAGGGACAGCAGAGAGACAUGGUUCGUAUCCCCGUGGGCUCGGGAGAGACUUUCUAUAAGAUCUCCAAGACAGACAGAGUCUGUGAAUGGAAGUUUUUCUCUUCCAUGCCCCAGGGAUCGGCAAGGAUUACAAUGCCGAAGGACCAAUCUGCCUGUACCACAGCCAGGGUGAGAAGUAAAAGCUUUUUGCAGGUCUGCUGCUGUGUGGGGUCCUCGACCCCCAGCCUCGAAGAAAAUCACCAAGUUCCAACCAUUAAGAUCCAUACCAUCUCCCUCGGUGAAAAUGGGGAGGAAGUCUAGAAAACGGGAAAGGUCUCAGGAAGAGGGGUCGCUAGGUACCGCUGAUUCCCACUCAGAAGGCCAGUGAAUUCUUGAAGGACAAUCCAGGACCGUUCAAAGAGGUCCCCAUCUGGGAAAGGGGAGAGGGAGGGCACCAGUUCCCGGGGAAAGUGGGGAGGGCACGGAGUAAGAGGCAGGGUAUCUGGUAACUAAUUGGUCCUGAAUGAUGGGAGACCCGUUUCCCUUCAGCUCAAACCCUCAGCCGCUCUCUGAUCCUGCUUUCCACAACUGACCCUUUCAACAAGAAAUACCAUGGGAAAGAAAAUUUCAUACACAAUCCAAAAGACUAUAAAUACAGGAUGAUGAUUUCAUUGUGAAUAUUUUGAGCACACACUCUAAGUUUGGAGCUAUUUCUUGAUGGAAGGGAGGGUAUUUUAUUUUCAGGCUGAACCCACUAGCAACCACAUUUGACAUUUAUGGAGAGGGGAUCUAGACAGAAGGAGUAUAAGGUGGUGGCCAGCGUGCUUCCAAAGUGAGUGUGGAAACGCCACCAGAUUCUCAGCUUGGGUGAACCUGGACAGGGGUCUUCCCAGAGGUUGAUUUUGACAGAUUCCUUAUUUCCAUUUGAAACUAGGAUGCAUUCUCCAUCCUUGGACCCAAGGAGUAUAGCCAGGACUAGCCAGGGACAGCUUGCUUUUCUCAGGAGCAGAGGGUGUGGCCGGGGCAGCAGUUGCAAGACCUGGUGAAGGAAGGCUUUCUUCUUUUACCUCUUUAAAGACCAAGAAGCUGGAAUGUGGAGGAUGCUAACAUCAGGCUAAUGUCCUGUUGUUCUGCAGCCUCUUUGAUAGGACAAACCACUCACCCUUUCCAGAACUCCAUAAUGCAAACUCAGGAAUGGCAGAAUACUGGCUUCCAUUUCCUCUCACCUGCUUCCUUGCUUGUGUGGGGUUCACUGGUGGCACAUAGAGUGAGUCUCAGGGUUCAGACACACUUCUUUUAAGCUUCCAAACAUACUGAUGCUCACCCUCAAACAUUUUAAUUGAUUGCCAAACAACUGCCCAAUAUUAGGAAUGGUGACUAUGGCAAUCACACAUAAAAAUUAAAACAUGCCUGUCAUUCCUCCAUAAGAAUCAUAAAAUAAGGUUUAAUGUUUGUGGCACCAACCCUAAUAAGAACCACAACUGCCAACAUUUUUCAUAACUUCUUCCCCUAAGAGCAUCUGAGCAGGUUGAAGUUACCAUGAAACCUCCGGAGGAAGACUCCUGGUCCCUGCAGCUUUCCUUUCCUCCCUUACAUCAAACUGAACUCUGUCAUAAGUCUUUCUAAAGGCAAAUCUUUAUCCACAUUGCAAUGAAGGAAGUGCAUGCGUGUGGCUGUGGGUUUUGCGAUCAGUUGUCUUGGGGCUUUGAAUCUGACCUGCUUCCUCCACCUUUUCCUGGGCUGUGUCUUCUUGUGGGCCAGCAAGAGAGUUACUUGGCCUUGUGUUCUGAACUUGGCUUCUGCUACUGAGAAGUUGGCUGGGAUUUUAGGCUUUUCUUGGGCUCUCUGCAUAGCUCCUAACAACUCUACCAGAUGUGAGUGUCAACGUAUCCAGGAAGACCUUCAGAAUGCAAGCCUGGGUCUUCUGCUCAAUACGAGCUUCCUUGUUCCAAUUAGCUUCCUUCUAAAUCUGCAUUCUAAAACUGACCCUUGUUCUUGUCAUCUCCCCCAUAGAAGAGCAUCCUCACGGGGAGGAGCGGAGCCUUUCUUCAGCAGAGUACCAUCCCAUGCCACCGAUGAUCCUUAAAUCACUGGAUGAAAACACACAAAUGUUGAAGGUGGAAAACUUAGGCACACUAAAAGGCUACCAUUAAUGCCAGUUUAGGUCCUCAGAUAAAAACCAGCAGUAUGCAUGUAGAAUUAUCUGUAAACAGCUGCCCACACACCCCUCUGGCAUUCCUCCCUCUUAAGCAGUCGAGUAUCUAACAGCCCUUUCCAUUCCCACAGCAGGGUGCUGACUAGAAACACAGCAACUUUAUAAGAAAUUGAUAAUGUCACCAAAAGACAUGGUGACAAAAGUGGGGUAAACAGCAUAAAAGUAGAAUGUCUUUUUAAUCACUCACCAAAAAAAAAAAAAAAAAAAAGUCUGUACCUUUAAGUGUGCCAAAAACUAUCUAAAAUGGUUACAGCCAAACGAAUGAUUGUCAUAUUUAUAUUCACGUGUUUACUGCUUCUAUUUUUCUAUUUGGAGUUUUAAGAAUUUACCCAGAGUAACCCCAGUUAAAACGUCCUCUCUUGCGUGUUCUAAGAAAACGAUCGCUUUGGGAUUGUCUCUCUGCCACGAAAUCAAGGGGGCUGUUAUGGUAGGCGACUUUGAGACUAGUGUGAGAUUCAGACCGUGUGUAUGAAGAGGGGCCUUGGCUCUCUUCACUCAAAAGUUUCUCCAGGGCAUCAGAGAAGCAGCUCAGUUGGUGGGGUGCUUGCCUGACAUACAAACCCCAGCAGCACCUAACACCGAGAGUGGUGGCUCACGAUUGCAAACUCAGCAUUCAGGAGGUACAAAGAAGAGAAUCAAGAGUCCAAAGUUAACCUUGAAUACAUAGUAAGUUUGAGCAAGCCUAGACUACAUGAGACCCUAUUAAGAAAAAAAAAUCCAGGCUAUGCCACUGCAAGAAAAGCUCGUCCUUGCCAUAGUCUCACCCCAAACUGCUUCUGCAUGGAAUUACUCUGCAUGUGACACCCUUUGCAAAGCACUGACGCUUCCAGCUCUCAGCACUGCCUAGGACUGACCCAAGACAGAGAGUGCUCGCUGAGCUAUAAGUCCUCCCUUACGGCACUUCUGUUAGCUCCAUCACAUGUCAGGGAUCAGUGGCUCUGAUCCUCUAGAAACUCUUCCAUUGCCAGUUUUAAAAUGAACUCUGGUGGUUGAGAAGGGCUAAAACUUGCCCAUGGUGAAGAAGGAACUGUGGUUCAAGACUGAGUUUCCCUCUAGCUGUUCACACUCUGUGCGGUACCUCUGCUUCACACAUUGGGACAAGAGAGUUUGAAUUGGAGAUUCUCAGGAGACUGUUCCACAUCCAAACUUUAAUGGAAUUUAUUCCCUUGGGGGUUUUUUUCUACAAAUUAAUCUUAGCAAAUACACCAUAUAUAAUUCCAACUAUUAGAGAGCCUUCCCAUCUCCAGGACAUAGUGCUCCCAGAUAGAGCUAAAGCCUUACGAAGCAGGUAGGUUAUACUAAACCAGAACAAGAUGAGCAUAUAACCAAACACGGAAGAAUUAGCCAAGAAUGGGAAGGCCCAGUGACAGAUGGGACACGUACUGGGUGGUGUGUGGAAGUCAAUAUGAGCACGUAGGAAGUAUGCCUUUUCAAAGAUAUAUACAAACAGCUACAACACUAGUUCCCAUUCGCCUAAUUCCAACCUUUAUUUUACAAGAUAGCAAAAAGGGAAGAGACCAGAGGCAUCCCACCAGGAAGUACAGAGCAUGCGCUGGGCACGUGACUUUCCUGGAUGCCACUCAGAACGCUGGUCUCCAGGUAGCCAGCGACUGGUGGUUUUUGAAGACAGGCCAUUGGUCGGCAGUUGUGCAUCUUAGCUCACUUCCUUUUCUAUAUGGGCCAGCAUGAAGACCUUUUAGCACAGUAGGUUUGGGGGUGCAAGCCUGGGAGCGAAACUAUUUUAGGAAGCAUUUCCUUGAGCAGGUAAUUGUUCCUGUGUCAAUCACCACUUCUUAAUCACCGCUAACAAACAUUCCCAAUUGCUUCUGGGGAUAGCGGCGUCCCCAUCCAUCCUCUUGCCAAAAUAUGACGCUGCCUCUCCGAUGAAUGCUUGCUGUCUUAAUUAAGGGAAGAGAUGGCUCCUCAGCAGAGAGAAAGGCGAACAGGAUGAAAGGCGAGUGAAAACCAGGGCAACAAGAGGAGACAGAGGUAGCAGAUGCACAGGCAUCAGAGGCACUCAUCGGUCACUCUGGUCUCUUUUUCACACUACUAGGGCUUUUAACCGUGAAGCCACCUGUGCGUACACAGCUCCGAAAGAGCCCAGUUGGAACACAGCACCUGCUCUGGGCCUCCAAACUAUGCUGAGGAGCUGAGCUGAGGUCACAUCUUCCAAAAGCCGUGACAGCAGUGGCCUCCAGCCCUCCAAGUUCCCUGCAAGCUGAAUGAGUGGACAUGACUGGGAGCUGGGCCGGGAAGUGAGUUAGGAUUUUAGCCUAUGAAGCCAGUCCCUGGCCAACGAUGCCAUGGAUGAGCUCUCAUUCAUGUUUCCUGGGCUCUAUGGCACAUGAGAGAGCUGAAAAAGAGCCGUGCCUGCUCUCUGCGGGAGAAUGUCAUGUUUCCAACUACCACUGCUGAACCUCCAAAGGCGGUAGGGGUGGCAGGGAGCGUUGAAGGAGGAAACUGACCACAGCCGUGACUCAGAACCGGAAGGGUUAGUCACGCUCUGCCCCAACUGACACGAAAGAAACUGUCCUGAAACUGGUGGCUUAUUCACAAAGGGCAAAUAAUGACCUUUUCUUUCGUGUGGCUUGGGAGUUAUUGUCAUGCGGUCCCUGUAGCACACUCAGUGCAGUCACAUUAUAAGCUGGGUUUGAUGAUUGUUGAGCCAUGAAAAAUACAGACUUAAUUAGGUGGGGAAAAAAAUCUUAGCACAACUUAGCAUUGUGUUUAGAGGGGAAAAAAAAAGAUGAACAACCUGGUUUAUGAAUCAGGCUGAAUAAAAUAAAUGUAUCUGAAGAGAAGUAGCUAAGACAGAAAUUCCAACAUGGACUUAGAGCUUACACACACAGACACACACACACACACACAUGGAUAUGUGUAUCACCACAUACUUAUCAAACCUUUCUCAGGUCAUUCUGGUGUGGGAGAAGGAAAGGGAAGCUUUUACCUACAUUUGGCAUGUGAAAAAAUAGAAGUCAGGAGUUAAGGACUUCUCUGAACAUCCUCAUAUCCAACCUUUCUCCACGAGGCUUCCGUGUCUGCAGGUCCGCCCUGUAUUUUGACUUUCUGACGUCCAUAGCUCCCUUCUUCAGUUCUGGGUCAGGGCUCUAACUCUGAUCACACCUCCUCCCUGCCUGUCCUGGCCAACGGUUAGGAAGAACUUGUAGUACAUGGUCACCCGUUCACGUUUCCUUGGCUGACAGACAGGCACCUGGCAUUCUGUCCUUUCUCCACGGAUAAGCUGCUUCCAACCCAGGGAAAUAGCUAGGGGCAGAAGGCGAUCCCUCUGCUCAGUAGGGUGACGUGUCAGGCAAAGUCGGCUGUAACUGUCUCCCUAAGGUCCUCAGGAAUACAAAGGUCCCAAAGGGAACCUUGGGUCAUUGGGCACACUCUGAUUAGCAGUCCCCGAUGGCCCCUCUCCACAGCACCACCCUGACAUGAAACCAACGUGGGGCACAGUCAGUCCCCAGUGUACGAGCUGAUGGUGGGUUCAGAAGUCAAGUAUGUGUUUUUCCAAGAGGCAUUGUUACAAAUGGGGAGGUGCUCCUAGUGGAACCAAAAACAAAUAAAUAAACAUCUGUUUAAUGUAUACCAGGAGUUGGUAAGCCUUUCCUAUAAAUGGCUAGAUGGUAAAUAUUUCGAGCAUGGUGGUUUAAGUUCUCCGUUUUGGCUCUUUAGUGGGAGGCUAGGGACAGUCCUUUAAAAAUGUAGACUCAUUUGUAACUCAAAAGGCAGCAAGGUGUGGACCAAAUUUAGCCCAUGGGCCACAGUUUUCCAGCCACACUCCAGGCCACCACUAGCUUGCAGUAUAGAGCCAAUACUACUGAACUGUGGCUGGGGGUGAUUGG